AUGGACGAUGACGCGGACUGGGAGGACUGGGAGGACUGGGAGGACUGGGAGGACUGGGACGCCUCCCCCUUGGACGUUUUCUGGGAUGAGAACAGUGACUGGGACGAUGCACUUGUCCCAGACGAUGAAGAGGACAACCAGGACGCAAAGAGUGAGGAGGAAGACCAGGACACAGAGGGUGAAGAGGACAACCAGACUGUGCCGGAAUGGUCCCCUUCGUCUCCCAGUCCAGACCUCGUGCCCUCCUGUCCCCCUGUGAGCUUCCAGGACUUUGUGCCCCUAACAAGGGCCAGGCGCCAAGGGGACGAAGAGGAAGAGGAGGAGCCCAUCUCCAAGAGGCCACGCUUUUCCUACGACGAGGACAUCUUUGAGGAGCCCACCCGCUCCGACUCUGCUGGGACGUUGGAAGGCUUCCCCCGAUACUUCCUCCAGCCCCACCUGCCCCAAGACUCCGACUCAGAGCAGGACUGA